AUGUAAAUACAACCUGAAAACUCGAAUAUUUCAAAACAAAAUUUAACAAAAUAUGUUCCUAACAUAUCAUUUAACAUUGAAAUUCAUAUAGUAUUCUUAUAACAAUAUAAAAUAGUAAUUUCCUCAAAAAUGGCACUAAGUCAGGGUAAGUAUAGACCCACUAUAUCCGCCAUUGAUGAGGUGGAUGAUCGAAAUCUGAAAAGUGACGAGUUACAAAAACAACAAAUCGAAGGGAGCGAAACUGCUCCAUUGACAAUAAAUCAACAAAAAUUUAAUAUUGACAAUAAUCUAUCGCGAAAAGAUCUAGAAGCACAAAAUGAUGGCGUCGGUGGGGGUAGUGAUAGUAGCACUCAAGCUGAAACAGCGAACCUAAGUGGUAAUGCCAGCACAAACAGACUGAGAGGACGUUUAUCAGUUGAUGCGUUAAUGAGAUUAUCGCGUAAACGUCGCAUUUUAUAUAUAACGACUGCCUGCUUUUGUGCCUUACUUAUAGUGAUUAUAAUCGUAUUGAUAGCUUCCUGGCCAGAAGUGCCGUUCUAUUUCAAAGCGAAAGUCUGUUUGGAAAAAGAGUGUGUAGAAGCCAGUCAACAAAUUUUGCUUUGGGCUAACACCAGUAAGAGUUCCUGUCGAGAUACAUAUGAGUGGGCGUGUGGUAAUUUUGCGCAUGAGUACGCGGCUAACGAUUAUUUUGUUAUUAAGCGCGGUGAAUGGAAUUAUAAAACUUAUAAUGAGUAUGAAGAAUUGAAUGAAUUAAACCGUUUCAUAUCAAUGUUGCCAUCAUUUGACGGUUCAUCUACUGUGGAGUCUAUGAUUUCGAGUUUGUAUCGAACGUGCCGUGAAAUAGAUACAUUAGAUAAGAGCCAGUCGAGUUUGUUAUUAAAACAAGCCAUUAAGUCAGUUGAAUAUAUUAUUGAUGGUACGUACGUUGAGAUAUUGGCUACAAAGUUAAAGUCAAAAACUCCUGAAAGUUAA